AUGCCCUUUAAAGUUAGUAAUAUGAAGAAAACUUGGUUACGACUGUACUCUACUCUAUCAAGAAGGCCACAUUUCAUUAGAAAUAACCUUGUCAUGGGUCCACGAAGGCCCAGUACCAUUGGACGUACUUUAUGGGGAUAUUUCAAUGCUCCAGGGAAUGUAAUGUUCGUGACUACAAACGUUGUUUCAUUUGCAGCUUUGGUUACGUAUAAUACUCUGGUGAAUGUACCCUCUGAUCGAAUACUGCAACAAGAAAUGUUGUCUGCUCAAUUACUGUCUACAUCACCAGCAGGACAAGCAAUUACUUUUAAUGAAGAUGAACAAAUAGAUAAUAUUCCAACACCUAUUUCAAUGUUUCAACCCCUUGAGGAAAAUACAAGUUUUGGCGAAAUAAAAGAUACUAUUGUCAAACAGAUACAUGAAAGGAUCACUCCACAAAGGCAGGCGUUAAAUGAUGAAAUCUCAGAAGUAGUAGACACUCCAUUCACUACAUACUUAGAUGGUAAUGUUGAAUUAAUGAAACAUGUACCUGUUAAUAGUACAAACUCACUAAUAGCGAAAUUCUCUUUAUUCAGUCUCUUCUAUUCUUAUCAUCUAUAUAGCGAUGUUGUUAUAUCUCAGGAUUCAAAAAAGGAUUACAAUGAACAGAUAACAGAAGAGACUCAAUCAAGGAGUCACAUAUGGACCAAAGAGAUUCAGCGGCUUCAGAAAUUAAGUUUUCCUAUAUUAAAAUCUCUACGAAAUGAGAAGAACAGUUCUUUAACUAUUUUUUAUCGAAUAUGGAACGAAGCAAAUAGGAAAAAAAUAGAGAAAUACGAUACCCUUUAUCAAUUCAAAUUCCCACGUUGGUCCCUUUUCCCGAAUUCUUUGUCUAGAUUAUGCAAUGAGUUACACGACAAUAAAUUUGAAACAUUGGGUGAUUUUCAAAGACUCUACGAACUGACGGACCGAACCAGCUUGAGGAAGUUGUUCAGGAUGUGGCUUUAUGAUUAUUCAAAUCUGUUGAAUAGGACUAACAAUAAUGUGAUGAAUGAGGCGAUGUUUAACAAGUUGAUUAAGGACAGUUUUAAUGAUAUAGAUCUUGAUUCCUUUGGGAAAUUUUCCUCGAUUGUCUUGAAGCCGGAGGAUAAAAGAAGGCGAUUAUUUUUUGCAAUAAGGCCGGAUUAUCAAAGCUAUCAAAUCCAUUUGGAUACGCUAUUGACGAUAUUCCAAAAUUAUGUACUGCUGCAGAAAAGAAAGCUAGAAAGUUUGCACCAUUUGCAAGGCCAUCAUAUGGAGAUAUUAAGAAUGGUUCAGUUGAUCAAAAACAAUGGGUAUUUAGGUAAAAAUGGUGUUGCAUAUAUUUUACUCCGACAGGACUGCCCAUCAUUCUCAGAAUCAAGUAGAAAACGCUACUUUAGGAAUUUGUCCGAUAAUAAACGAUUGGGAAAACUUCUUCAAGAAGUAGCAAUUUUACAAAACACAGCAUCAGAUAGUUAA